AUGAUCCACCCAGUCGGCUGGAUCACAGCGUGCGCCGUGGUGCUCGGCUUCCUCUGCUUACUGCAUCCCCUAGCCUUGAAGAUUCGACGACGUGAUCAAAGCCCUCAGCCUUACGGCAUCCACGUCGUUUCCGACCCGCCAAAUGCUAAAUUUGAAAUUGUUGCCGUCCACGGUUUAGGUGCCCAUCCCGAAUAUACGUGGAUCCGCCGCGUUAAUGCCCAGAAGGCAAAUACUACCCCGCAAGAGGUUCACUUGCUGCGGGACCUUCUGCCGGAGACGUUUCCCGAAGCCCGGAUCCUCAGUUUUGCCGAUAACACCAGCUGGCUGAUCGAUGCGCCGGUAAAGACAGCCCGAGAUCUUGGCAAAGAUUUGCUCGAUCAGCUGAAGAAGCACAGAGCAAGUCAGCGAGGGCCGCGCUUGCCAAUUUGUUUCAUAGGGCACAGUUUUGGCGGAAUCAUUAUCAAAGAGGCUCUAUGCAUGCUGGCGAUCACAGACGAGAUAGUGCAAGAUACCUCUGGUAUCUUGUUCCUAGGAACCCCGCACCAGGGAUCUUCACUGUCUCUGAUCGGAUCCUUCGCGGCAUGGCUGACAAGCUUCCUCGGUUCCAGUGCCGACUUGCCCUUGUCUCUUCGCCAGGAUUCUCCAGAGCUUAGGAACUUGGCGGGCACGUUUGAAAGCCGUUUCAAGGAGCGUAGGGAUGUCAAAAUCUAUUCCAUUUGCGAAACAUUGCCUACAAAAGUCUUUGGUAUAUCGGUGGUUACUCACAAUUCGGCCAAGUAUCCUGGCAGCCAUGUUAUGCUUGUCAAUGCUGACCAUUCGGGGCUCAACAAAUGUUAUGGGUGGAAAGACCAAGCGUACGUCAAGAUCACAGAAGCGAUCAUUGAUAUGCGCCGUCUCUCGCUUCUUGAUCGCGCGGAUAAAGAUAUCCGCAAUAGCUACGAUAUGGAAAAUCUGAAGAUCGAGAGAUUAUCGAGUCAGAGAUUGCCGAUGGAGCAAUGUUACAUCAACUUGGUUCUAGUAGAACAGAAUCAGCCCCAAGAUCCAAGACAGGAUUCGACACAACCACCCGCCUUAUAUCCUACGUUACUGGAGCGGAUGGACAUCAAGGAAAGUAGUAGCGAAAAACAAUUUGAUCUUCAGACGCUAUUUCAACCUCGUAAGAUCGAUCGAGAGGAAGAAAUCAGAUCACCAAAAAGGAUCUUGAUCCGAGGUCGACCCGGUGUUGGAAAAACGACACUAUGCAAGAAGAUUGUCCAUGACUUUGUUUACGAUCGCCAAUGGAACGAACACUUCAAACGCUUGUUCUGGGUCCCGCUGCGAAACUUGCCACAGCGCAAUCCACCUUAUACAAUCAAAAACCUCCUCCGCGAUGAGUUCUUCGCUCAAUCUAGUGAUCGCAACUCAGAGUCAAAGCUGGAAGAGCUGUUUCGUCAGUGCAAUAGCCCUGAUUUUAACGACAGUCUCUUUCUCCUCGACGGGUUGGACGAGAUCUGGCACGGUCUCAGCACCGACAGUGACUUAUACAAGUUCGUUCAACAUCUGCUUAAUCGGCCUAAUGUGAUCGUUACCACACGGCCGUCAGUCCAAUUUUCUGGAAGAAUCAAUGAAUUCGACCUCGAACUGGAAACUGUUGGGUUCUUCUCAGCCCAGGUCAAGGAGUACGUGCGAAAUGUAGAACCAUACAACGCUAGCAGCAUCCUGGAUUUUCUCGACGAGCAGCCCCUCGUUGCAGAUCUUGUUCGGAUACCAAUCCAGCUCGACGCCUUGUGCUUUGCCUGGAGAGAUAAAUCUGCUAUCAAGCGAGAUGGCCUUAUUAGACCAGAGACGAUGACAGAACUGUAUCAAGCUAUCGAGCGAGGAAUCUGGAAGAAAGAUGCGGUUGCUCUGGGAAAGAUCAAACAACAACAAACCCCUUUUUGGACGGAGCUCGAGCUGAUGCUCGAAGAGGAGAUUUUUCUCCUUGAAAAACUCGCGUUCACCGGUAUACACAAUAAAAUCACAAUAUUUGAUUCCGGGGUUAUCCGAAAAUUGUUGCAGCACCUACCAUCUCCUAAAUUGAUGAUUGACUCGACGUUGCAAACUCUUUCGCUUCUCCGAGCUUCCGGCGUAUCACCUUUUGAUAUGGAUCGCAGUUAUUAUUUCCUGCAUCUUACUCUGCAAGAAUACUUUGCAGCGCGCUAUAUCAAGCGGCAGUGGGCCAAAGGCGACAAAGGAACCUUAGACGUCCUGGAUCUUGAGAGCGAAAUCUGCGAGACAUUACAGCCUGCUACUUUCUUCCACCGUCACAAAUACAAUGAAUAUUACGAUAUUGUUUGGCGCUUUCUGGCCGGAUUACUGAAUUCCGACACGGAAAGUCAAGUACGCUUUUUCAAUGCAAUCCAGUCUCAGCCAUUAGAUGUGCUCGGUCCAGCUCAUCAACGACUUGUAAUGCGUUGCCUCUUUGAGACCAGACACAAUUUUUCCUUGCGGCGGCCACUUGAAGACCAGCUAUCGGCGUGGUUAGACUUUGAGUUUGAAUUGUAUCAACAGUCUUCCGGGGAAAAGCUCGUCUACAGAUCCCUAGCUGGAGCCAUGGAGUUUCCAGUGGAUGUUCUUGAACAGCGCAUGAGCAGCGACGAAAAGUUCGGACACUAUUUGCUGCAAUCAAUCAAACCACGCCGCGGAGUUAGUACCUCUUUCGUUGAAGCGGUCAUCAUGCAUCUCAGAAAGUGGAGUGACAUGGAAGUGUUACUAACAGCUCUGUCAUUCUUUAAAUCUUUUUCUGAUGGAGAAUUGCCCAAAGCGUGGAUGCAAGAAGUGGUUGCGAGACUUGAGCACAGUAACACUAUUAUCCGACUAACUGCUAUGGAUAUCCUCCGGAAGCAGUCAAGCCUGCCAAUGGGGACUCUUCAAGCAGUUGUGGAGAAACUUGAAGACAGAAAUCGCCACGUCCGGCAGGCUGCUGCCGAAGUCCUAGGAAACCAGCCGGAUAUAUCGGGAGCGGUACUCCAAGCAGUUGUGGACAAAAUUUUGAACAAGGAUCACGACGCCCAGGAGUCUGCUAUUCAAGUGUUUCGAUAUCAACCGAGCCUUUCAGUAUCGUUGCUUUCACUCAUCAUUCACAAGCUCGCAAGCAAAAAUAGUCGCGUCAGAGAUGCUGCUAUUAAAGUUCUUCAAAAUCAACCGAGCCUUUCAGUAUCGUUGCUUUCAAAUAUUGUUCUCAAGCUCGAGAGCGACUAUUACUUCAUCAGCGAAGCUGCAAGUCGAGUCCUGCAGGAACAGCCCAGCUUACCAAAAGGAGUACUCGAACGAAUCAUUUUAAGGGUUAAGGGGGUUACUUUUUAUAGGACCAGUGAGCCUGCUCUCGAGGUUCUUAGGAAGCAGCCAAGCCUUGAAGAAUCAUUGCUGUGCAUUCUAGUUGACAUGCUCAAGAAUGAGAAUCCGAUCAUCCAGAGAUCAUCUGUUCCUAUCCUUCAAAAGCAGCCAAGUCUGCCAGGAGCGGUCCUCAAAACUAUUAUUCAGAUGCUCGAGGGCGGAAACCCUUAUACCGUUUGUGCUGCAAUCCGAGCCCUCGAGAAACGGCUGGACCUUUCCGAAACUCUGCUCGAAGGAGUUAUCCAGAGGCUUGAGGACCAAAACGCAAACGUCCGUGCUUGCGCUAUCGAACUCCUUCAAAACCAGCCGAGCCUACCAGAAGCGGUACUUGAAAUCGCUGCUCAUCUGCUCAGGGACAAAGACUCUGAGGUUCGACAGGCUGCUACCUACCUCCUCAAAAAACAGUCUGAUUUGCCAGUAGCAGUAUCUGAAUUGGUUACUCGUUUUCUCGAGGAUGAAAGCUGCCAAUCGCAUGCUCUCACUAUUUUUGAGAACCAGCCAAGCUUGCCAAAAGCGGUGCUUAAACUCGCCAUUCAUUGGCUCAAGCAUGAAGAGGCUCAAGUACGACGGGAUGCCAUAGGCUUGCUUGAAAACAAGUCGAAUUUGUCGGAAGAAGUGCUUGAAAUUGUUGCUCGGUUGCUUGAGGACGAGGACGAGGAAUCUGACGUCCGAUGUGCUGCCGCCAAGUUGUUCCGCAAACAGCGAAGCCUGCCAAAAGCGGUUCUUAAUAUCGCCACUCGUUUGCUCGAGGACGAGGACGAGGACAAGAACGUCCGAGCGUUUGCAAUGCCUCUGCUUCGAAAUGAGUCGAAUAUAUCGAAAGCAGUGCUUAAAGCCGUCGCUGAAUUUCUCGCGGACAUGAAACAAGAUAUUUAUGUACAAAAGGAUGCUUACGGACUUCUUUUGAACCAGCUCAACCUUCCAGAAGAUGUGCUUCUAAUGGUUCUUCAGAUCCUCGCGAAAGAGCCAGAUGCGUUUGGAUCAUAUGCGGAAAAUUUCCUUAGUAAUCAGUCCAGCUUGUCUCUAGCGGUGCUUCACAAACUCGUCCAUAUCCCGCACCAACAGGCUAUUAGCUUCCUCAAAACUCAGCCAAGUCUACCGGAAGCAAUACUUGUAAGGCUCGCGCAACGCGUCUAUGACAGCACCAAUUAUUGGGACUAUUCUGAGAUCUUUGAAGUUUUUAAAGAGCAGACACAUCUCUCAGAAGCGGGGCUCCAAGCAAGUGCUAAUAUGCUCGAGUCUCAAAACUCUAGUCUGUAUUCAUUUGCUUUAGACGUCCUCGAAAAGCGAAGCCUACCAACAACGGUACUAGAAACGGUGGCAAAACGUUUGCCAUUAAUAUGCUUAUCAUACAGCGAUCAGAGGCUCCUAUGGAUGCUUAUGGGCAACCCUGAACUGAUUCGCAUAUCCCAGUCUGUCGGUACAUUUAGAGCGCUGUUUAAAUACUUACUUCGACAAAGCUGCAACGUUCACUGCGCUUGGUAUCACGAUGGUCAAACCCAUUUCUUGACUAGCGGCGGUGUCAUUGUGGACCUAUCGGACCUGGUUCCUACUUGUGUCAUCAACCAAAUGGUGCAAUAUUUCUCUGUUCCCACCGUAGCGAUGGCAUUGUGA